UUUAGAGACGCAUAGAGGAGAUUAAAAUACCGAGCGGGUAUAUUUGUGUUAAAUAUCAAACCAAAAGCGGAAUUAGAGCGGUUUUUUUUUUUAUCAGGUCGCGUCGAUAAAAGCGACUGUGAGCAACCGACGGAGUGUUUUAGCUCCUGUUUUUGUCUGUAAAGCGGUUUAGACAGGAGGGGGAUGAGGCUUCAGCCGAACUCGACACUAUCUCUGGGUUUUAUGUCGCUUGUACUUCGACAAAGCUGCAGUUUCUCAACGGAUUUUUCUAUAAAAGUGCGUACAGAAAGUAGAAGAUGUCCGUUGCGACCGUUACGUUUUGAAAACAACUGAAUUAUUUUGUUGAACGUUUAAACCAGAAGACGUUAUUGUUGUUGCCGUAACCUUAAGGGUGAAACCGAGAGACUUCACAACAAAUCUGCUUUAUUUCUCCAUUUUCAUAUCAUCUGGGCUAGAAAUUAAGCAAUGAAGCUGUUGGAGAACUCGAGCUUUGAAGCGCUCAGCUCUCGGCUGUGUGUGGAAACUGGAGACUCGCACAUCCUCGGCAGGAUCGAGAGCUACUCGUGCAAGAUGGCUGGCGAUGACAAGCACAUGUUUAAGCAGUUCUGCCAGGAGGGGGAGCCACACGUGCUGGAGGCUCUUUCACCUCCACAAACCAGCAGUGCCCCGAGCCCUAACCUGUUGGGCAAGAGUGGCGAUGAAGUGGAGAACCCACUAAGUGACAAGUGCUGCAGGAAGACUCUGUUCUACCUCAUCACCACACUGAACGAAUCAUUCCGUCCCGAUUACGACUUCAGCGCCGCCCGAGCCCACGAGUUCAGCCGUGAGCCGAGCUUCAACUGGGUGGCCAAUGCUGUGAAUAGCAGCCUGUACUCGUCGGUAGGGGAGGAGUUUAACACUCUUGGUCCAGAGCUGUGGAACGCCAUCGACCAGGAGAUCAACCUACAGAGCUGUGACAUUUACAGCUACAACCCGGAUUUAGAUUCAGACCCUUUUGGUGAAGAGGGCAACCUGUGGUCCUUCAACUAUUUCUUCUACAAUAAGAAACUCAAACGCAUUGUUUUCUUCACUUGCCGCUCUGUCAGCGUCCUCAGUAGCUACGGUCGUGGUUGCCUUGACAACGAGCUGGACAUGGAGCUGGAUGAUGAUGAGGAGGAAGUGGAUGGCUUCAGUGAGGACAGGUUCCCCCGAGCCCUGUGUGUGUAAAUCCUGCUUGAUCAGCGGCUAACAAGAUGUCACCUUUUCUCUGCUCAUUUGUGCAACCUUUCCUGGAAUUUGACAGACUGAUGCAUUUCAUUUAUCUGGGCUAUAUUAAAGUUUAAAGUUUAGCCAUUAAAGUUUGAAUAUUAUGAAAAUAGUCACUGUAGACAUUUUUUAUGCUUAUGGAUGGCUCUUUGGACACUGGAGACCCCUUGUGGACAUUCUGGGAAUGUCAAGGAGAUUUAAUACAAGAUGGCUGUUUGGUUAAAUUUUCACAUGAGCCUGAACUCUACAUUCUGCUAUUCAUUGUCUGGCUUUUUUCAUUUUUAGCAGGAAAUGAUGUCAGUACAUCAACAUGUCCUACAUACACCAGCAGUUAAGAUGGGAGGCGCUUGUCAUAGUUAAUGACCUUUGUCCAGUCAUGUGAAAUAUAAACCCUGUGAUUUGUGUCUUUUCUGUUCAGCAUUUUUACUGAUUUUUCUGUCUUUAUAUUAUUGUGUUCACCUUUGUGUUUUUUAUAUAUAUAUUUUAACUGUGUGGUUAUUUUUUAAAUUCAAAGAUUUUACCAGAAUGGCUUUUAUCGCACUGAAAGAUUGUUUCUCGGGGGGACCUUCAUGUGUGACUGAUGCUGUGAUGUUACACAGAAGUCUAAAGAAUUGUGGACUGUUUCUCAGAAAACAAGGGCAUCCUUUAUAAAACUUUUGUACGCGAUCAGAUUUGAUUCUAUUGACUUUUCAUUAAAGGUGACGUACAAGUUACUUAUAAAACCUUGAAACCCAUGUGAAACUUUGAUUUAGGAAAUGUGAUGAUGUAAAUGUUUAUUACAUACACAAGUAGAAAUAAACCUAGUGUGGAUGAAUUUA